UCGGUGAGAGUUUUUUCUUCCAUCUUAUAUAUGCUUAAAUGUCAAAUGAACAGUGGACAGAAGGUGCUAGUUAGACGUGCAAGGUAUUUGCAGUUGGCGCUGCCUCGACCGAGAGGUUGGCAAUGAUGUGAAUGUGCUUCGUCUCCCGUGGAUAUCACCGCUGAUGGCUCCCUCUCAUCAUGGCUUCAUCUCACUUGAAUGUCAUUCACAACAGGGCUCUAUUUAUUGGAGAUUGCCAUGUCUCUGCAUUUCAUAAUAUCAACAAUAUAUAUAAAUAGUAGAAAGACACAUUUUAUGAAGAUUGCUGCCUAAGUGCGGAAGAGCAGAAGAUUACCUCUGUAAAAGGGUUUUGGGUGGAGUUGUCUCCCCUUUACCCAUUGUUUACUUCACUCCCUGAGUUUAAAAGAUUAUGGAGAACAGUAGAAACCAAGAGAUCAAGACAUUACUCUUGUGUCUUGCAUAUCAUUUAAAAUGGUGCUGAAUAAUUAUUUGACAUGUGAAUAUCAUACACAUUAACUAUGAAAUUCAUUCUUUUGAAGACAGGAAACUAGAGUGUGGCUAAAUGAUAAGCAUUGCUCUUCUAUUAUUUCAUGUCUUUUAAAACUAUGCCAAAUAUUCGGAGUGAAUGAAAAUAUAAAGACAAUUGGAGGAAUGAAGAAAUUUUAACAUGUGCACUAAUUAAAUGUUUUGAUAGCUGUAUAGUUAACCUUCAGUCGACCUUAAAAAUGAAUGGCAUUUUGAGCUCAGAGUGCACCUUGACAUGCCGUUCACAACAACAUGGUUCACAGAUAACUGCUGCAAUAAUAAGGGGCACAGAUGCACAGGCCAUUAGCUACAUAAAGAAUCUGUGCCAGCAGUGCUGUAUGGUAACAGAUAUGACUGGAAAGACAGCUCUUCAUACAGCAGUGUCAUGUGGUAAGAAUAAAGUUGUACAAUGGCUACUAUGUCAAGGUGUUCCAUUAAAUCAACGUGACUGGGAAAAUGGAUAUACCCCAUUGCAUCGUGCCUUGUUUUAUGGGUAUCUUCAUGUUGCUUGUGCUUUGUUAAAGGCUGGUGCAAACUUGAAUGUCCAGGACCACGACUCCCUAACCCCACUUGAUCAUGUAAAUUUUGACCGUCCUCCAUAUAUCACCUUUUCACACUCCCUCCCUACACAAAUUUAUGUGUGGGGCAGCAACACAAACUAUAAUUUAGGACAAACCAGACAAAAUGCAAAGGGAAUUCCUGAAUGCUUAGACAUCCUACAGCGAGAGGGCCAGGAUGUCAUCGAUGUGGCAAUGAAUAAGUUCCACACACUAUUUUUGACUAAAAGUGGUCAUGUGUUUGCAUGUGGCCAUGGCCAUGGUGGAAGGCUUGGACUAUCAGUCCAUACACCACUAAUGAAGCCUUACAUGAUCAAAUCCUUUGCAACCACAACAGUCAAAAAAGUGUCUGUGGGAACUGAUCAUUCCCUCUUCUUAACAGAAUCUGGACAGGUUUGGAGUUGUGGAACAAACACUUAUCAUCAGUUGGGCAUAAAUCCACCUGUAGAUGAACUGUACAACCCACAACCUUUAGCAUGGCACAAGUCUCACAAAGAGGAAACCAUCAAUGGCAUUGGGGCAGCCAAAUAUCAUUCAGUUAUGUGGACAUCAAAGAUACUUUAUACAUUUGGUCUGAAUGGUGGUCAGCUGGGUCACUAUAAGAAUCCAUCAGAAAGAACAAUUAUCACUCCAAGGAAGGUAACUUCUGUUACCUUGCAGGCAGGAGGACAGAUUGCAUGCAUAGCUGUUAGUGAUGGUGCCACAGUGGUUUGCACAUCAUGUGGUGACAUUUAUGUUCUUCAUCAAUACCAGACAAGGAAAAUAGCUUCAAAAAUGCACAAUAUAAGAAAGGUAGCCUGCGUUGGUGGUUUUUUGGAUCCCAGUGUAAAUGCAGAAGGACUGACUGAAAAAGGUGGCACAGAUUUGAAAAUAGCAGUUCUUACUGGUGAUGGAAGCAAUCAUCUUUAUCUCUGGACUGAGCAGUCAUCACACUUGUCACGCUGUCUAUUCAAUAUCAACCGUGAAGUAAAUGUGCGUGACUUCUGUUUGAGCCAUCACUUGAUUGGAAUAGUUACAAAAGAAGGAGAAGCCUUUUCUGCCAACGUUAUAUUACCAAGAGAGCGUAAAACUACUAGUAAGUUGUUUAAUAAGCCAGGUGGGCAACUUAUAGAAUUUUUGGAUAGAAGUUCGUGUGUCACAUUGCGCCUUACACGGAUUGCAAAUCUGCAUCGCACUUUGUCAAUUAUGUGUGAUCCUAAAGGUUCGAAUUUUGCUGCAAUUCUAAAUGAACCAAAUUGCUUUCUUUUUGAUCUGCCUGAGAUCAGUCCAAGCAUGCUAAAGGAUGACUUAAAGACUCUUCUCAUGGAUGCCAAUGAAAUGGACACAGGAGACAGAUUGCAGCAAACUUUGUUAGUGAUGGAGCCACAAAGACUGACUGAAAAAGAUAAACCAAGCAUGCUAAAGGAUGACUUAAAGACUCUUCUCAUGUAUGCAAAUGAAAUGGACAGCAUACAUGAUGUUGUUAUAGUUUGUGGCCAAAAGAAAUUUUUUGCUCACUCUUAUAUCCUGGCAUAUCACAGCCAUUUUCGGAAGUCUUCUCAACAAUGGAAACUUUUGAAAAGAGCCCAAGCAUUCUCAGUGCCGCCAAAGACAUGCAGAAUCUUUUUAAUAUUUUCAGAUUCAGGGGGAAAACUUUUUCCCCUCACCAUUCCCAUUGAAGAAAAUAUCCAGUCUAAAUGCUCAAACAAGAAUAAGAGACGAAAGGGACGUAAAGAAUCAGAAACUAGAGCCUGCAAUUCAGAGUCCGCAAUUAUUGAUGUAAUACAGAAAAAUUUUAAUUUCAGCAGUAAUGUGAUUGCCUCAGAUGUCAGUAUUAAGUAUUCUCGAAAAAUUAACCAGGAGCUGUGGGAUGUAAUGAUUUCAAGCAAAACAGGUGAUAAUCUAGGAGCUCACAAGUGUGUUCUCUCUGCAAGAUCAGAAUAUUUCAACUGUAUGUUUGGAGCUAACUGGAUUGAGUCAACAUCUACAAAAACAUUAAGUAUGCCUCUGCCAACCAAUAUAUUGGUCAUUAUUCUGGAUUAUUUAUAUGAAGAUGACUCACCAAAGCUUCGACAGUGUCGAGAGCCCGAAUUUGUUUGCAACGUGCUUGUGGUAGCUGAUCAGCUUUUAGUCACACGACUUUGUGAGAUAUGUGAAGAUGUGCUAGUGGGAUUGCUAACUCUAAAGAAUGCUGCAGACUUGUUAGAGUUUGCAGGUACAUACAAUGCAAAACAAUUGAAGGUUUCAGCAAUGCAGUUCAUCUGUCUGAAUUUAGCUGCUGUAUUAGAGAAUGGAUCUCUUCUGACCAUUAGCAGUGGUGACAUUCUUAUGGAUUUGUCAAUUUACUACCGCAAAUUUAUCCCACAAAUGUGCUACCGUAAGUUAACCCCUUAUGAUCAGUCACCAUAUGCAGAUGAACUGGAAAGGCUUCUAGAGCAAAAUCCAGUGGUAUUACCAGGGUCUGAAGAGGAAUGGGAAGACACAUAUGUCAAAGAUAGACUGAGUAGGAGUAAUGGGCACAGUUCUUCACGCAAAAAGAAACGCUCACACAGAAAUAGUCAGAGUGAAUCACGAACAAGAAAUUCUUCAACUUCUUCCCAGUUUUCUGUGGGUUCACUGUCUGAUUCCGAUUCUUUAAAAGACUUACAGCAAGAAUUGGAAGCUCUUAAUUUUGAUGACUUAGAGGAACGUUCCAUUGAGAAUAAUGGAAAGGUCACUCUACACUCUGAAAAAAAUGAAUGCCAUUCUGAACUGAUCAUCGACAGGGAAGGGAAAAUUGCAAGUCAGAAUCAUAUUUCAGCUGAACAUUCACCUUGGCAGAAAGUCAGGAAGAAAAAAAACAUUGUGGAUCAGCUGGUACUGGCUCCACAGAGUCUAGCUAAAGAAAAUACCAGCAUUGAAACUUGUACAUAUAAUGUCAACUGUUCUGAUAAGAUUCCUCAAGUUCAACUUGUAACCCAAAAAAUAGAAGCUUCAACAAGAAAUGAAGGGCUACAGAAAAAGAUCCCCUUUAUUGAAUUUCCCAGUCUGAGAGAUUCACUGUCAUGUCCACCAAGGAUUAUAGAUGCUUCCCUAAAUAAUCGAAUGGGAAAGACAUCACAGAAACAGUCAAAAAAAAAUUUUUCAAGUGGAACUGCUCUGGAAAAAGGAAAAGACCCAAAGCAGAAAAAGCACAAGGGCAGUUCACCAUGGGGUCAGUCAUCACCUCCAGCCUGGGGGGUAGACAGUGAUGUGACUGGAAUCAUCAAUGAUGUCAAAGGUAUGCAAACAUUAUCAGAUAUAAUGAAAGCUGAGGAGGCAUCACUAAAGGAAAGAACUCUGCAGGCAACCACUCCUAUACCUAUCCAGAAAAGCAAAACUUCUCAAACUAUGAAAAAGUGUUGGAUGAUUGAAACUCUUCCUGAUUGUCAAAGAGUCAGAGGUAGUGAAGGAAGUGGAUUGUGGUCCAAGAGAGCAACUUCUCCACCUACUUCUCCAGAAGGCAGCAGUGGCCUCAUGUCUCAUGGAAGCUAUUGCACUGAAAAGGCCAAGCUUUUUCCUCAGCAGGAGAAAGCUAUUGUGCCAAACUUUUCAAACAUUCUAAGAGAGGAAGAGAUACAGACUAUUAAUUUAAGAAAAGAGCAAUUGAAAACACUUGGACUUAUACAGAUAGAAGAUAAGGCCAUUGAAGAGCUUCUGGUAUUUUAUGGGGCUGCUGAAUGCUUUGAUGAAAAAAUAACUGUGAAAAGAGUAAGGCAAAUGGCUGCAAACCCAAUUUGGAGUAAAUGAAGUUAUCAUAUGUAUGAAGUUUACUGUUAGGUUUGUAUAUACUUUCUGAGGGUAUUUUAUAUAUACAAAUAUAGAUAAUAUAAUACCAAUAGCUUGAAAAUGUAGGCAUUGAUUAUUAUUUGUAUUAUUUUUAGAGAUAUUUGAAAAAGUAAAUACAAUUUACUGUUUGGAGUAUUCAUUAUAUGUUGAUAAUGGCAGUUGUCCUUUUUUUUUUACAUUUUCUCAUAAUACAUUGUUUUUUCCUAAUGUUAUAUAUUAUCAUUUGAUUUGUGGCUGGUGAUUUCUCUUUUGUGAUUUGUGUUAUUUGGAAACCACAAAUUCAUAUGUAUUUAUUCAUAACAGGUUGUGUAACACUUGAAUAUGUGAAAAGCAUAUUACCUCCAGAAUAAAGGUAAAUAAAACAAGCAAAUUUC